ACCUUUGACCUCUGAGCGCUAAGCGGAAGCUCAACCAAUCGUUUUGCUUGUUGUUGAGAAGUGCUCAAAUUUCUCGGAGGUUCUUCUCUUCAACAUGUCUUCGUCGGAAGCUAAUAAUGGGCCGAGCCAAGCACCACCUUAUCCAGGUGUACCGCCCGCGGCGAUACCUCCCCCAUUUAUGGGACCACCUGGAAUACCACCUCAUUUCCCUCCCAUUGGAAUGCCCCCUAUGGGACAGCGACCUCCCAGCAUGACACCAAUGCCUCCUGGUAUAAUUCCCCCGGGUAUAAUGCCACCAAUGGGGGCACCGCCAAUGGGACAGAUGCCAGGCAUGAUGCCACCCAUGAUGCCAGGAAUGAUGAUGCCCCCUCGCAUACCAGCUGCGGCUGUACAGCCAACGGGACCGCCUGGUGUUGACUCCACAGCCGCUGCACCUGGAACAUCUAGUACCACAAAUGGAUCCCCGCAGGAAGAACAGCCAAAGAAGAAAUCCGUGUGGACUGAACAUAAAUCACUAGAUGGAAAGACCUAUUAUUAUAACACAGAGACUAAGCAAUCCACAUGGGAGAAACCGGAUGAACUCAAAUCUCCUGCAGAGCAAAUGCUGUCAAAAUGCCCCUGGAAGGAGUACAAGUCAGACACAGGGAAGCCUUAUUAUUACAACUCUCAGACAAAGGAAUCAAGAUGGACAAAACCCAAAGAGCUGGAGGACCUGGAAGCUAUGAUCAAAGCAGAGGAGAAUGGGACUGCAGAGGCAGCGGCUCCUGGAACCACUGCAGCUCCUGCUGUGCAAGCAGAUAAUGUAGCUCCUGCGGCGACUGUAGUGGAGGCGGAAACUGCGGUAGUAGUCUCAGAGGAACAACCAUCCCAGGCAGCAGUGACUCAAACAGCUGAGGUGAAGACGGCUGAGGCACCUGUGGCUUCCUCUGAGACUUCAGCAACUACCGAGGCUGUAGCCAGUGUCGAGGUUGUAAAAGAAGAAAGGCCAGAACUUCAGAAGAAAACGUACAAAUGGAAUACAAAAGAAGAAGCCAAGCAGGCCUUCAAAGAGCUGCUGAAGGAGAAGGGUGUAUCCUCCAACUCCUCUUGGGAACAGGCCAUGAAAUUGAUUAUCAAUGAUCCUCGCUACAGUGCACUUCCGAAGCUGAGCGAAAAGAAGCAGGCGUUCAAUGCAUACAAAGUCCAGACGGAGAAGGAAGAAAAGGAGGAGGCCAGAAUUAAAUACAAAGAGUCAAAAGAGACUUUUCAGAGAUUCUUGGAGAACCAUGAAAAGAUGACGUCUACCACUAGAUACAAGAAAGCAGAACAGAUGUUUGGUGAGCUUGAAGUGUGGAGCUGCGUGCCAGAGAGAGACAGGCUAGAGAUCUAUGAAGACGUGUUGUUCUACCUUGCUAAAAAAGAGAAGGAGCAAGCCAAGCAGUUGAGAAAAAGGAACUGGGAAGCUCUGAAGAACAUUUUGGACAACAUGGCAAACGUCACAUACCGCACCACCUGGUCUGAGGCCCAGCAGUAUCUGCUAGAUAACCCUACCUUUGCAGAGGAUGAGGAGCUGCAAAAUAUGGACAAAGAAGAUGCCCUUAUAUGUUUUGAGGAGCAUAUUAGGGCUCUGGAGAAGGAGGAGGAGGAAGAGAAGCAAAAGACACUUCUCAGGGAAAGAAGACGGCAGCGCAAGAAUAGAGAGGCUUUCCAGAAAUUUCUGGACGAGCUUCAUGAUCACGGCCAACUUCACUCCAUGUCUGCUUGGAUGGAGAUGUACCCGACACUGAGCUCAGACAUCCGCUUUGCCAACAUGCUGGGCCAGCCGGGUUCCACUCCCCUGGACCUCUUCAAAUUUUAUGUGGAAGACUUGAAAGCACGCUAUCAUGAUGAAAAGAGGAUAAUCAAAGAUAUUCUUAAGGACAAAGGAUUCCUGGUUGAAGUCAACACCAGCUUUGAUGACUUUGGAUCAGUCAUCAGCUCGGAUAAGAGAGCUACCACGCUGGAUGCAGGAAAUAUAAAGCUAGCCUUCAACAGUUUGCUUGAGAAAGCUGAAGCCAGAGAGAGGGAGCGAGAGAAGGAGGAGGCCAGGAAGAUGAAAAGGAAAGAAGCUGCUUUCAAGAACAUGCUGAAGCAGGCCACACCGCCACUGGAGCCAGAGACUACGUGGGAGGGAGUCAGAGAGAGGUUCCUAAAAGAGCCUGCCUUUGAAGACGUGACUCUGGAGUCGGAGAGGAAAAGAAUAUUCAAAGAUUUCAUGCAUGUCUUGGAGCAUGAGUGCCAGCAUCACCACUCGAGGACCAAGAAACACUCAAAGAAGUCCAAAAAGCACCACAGGAAGCGCUCCCGCUCUCGAUCAGGCUCUGAGUCUGAGGAUGAGGAAUACCACAAGAAGAAAAAGAGGUCGCAGUCCAAAUCCCCCUCAGAACGUUCAUCUAGUGGAGAAUCUGAGAGAAGCUAUAAAAAAUCCAAGAAGCACAAGAAGAAGGGCAAGAAGAGACGCCACAAGUCUGCGUCUCCAGAUUCUGACAACGAGAAGAAAGGAAGAGACCGUGAUGGGAAGCGAGAAAAGGAGGUAGAGAAGGAGAAAGAGAACGACAAGUCUCGGGGGAAAUCUCGCUCAGAAUCCAAACAGAAAUCUCCCAAAAGGAAAGCAGCCAAAGAGGAGGGUGGCUGGGACACGUCGGGCAGUGAGCUGAGUGAAGGAGAGCUGGAGAAAAGGAGAAGAAACUUGCUGGAACAGCUGGACGCACCUUGAUGAUAAUUCAUGCUGCUCUCUCCUCUUACUUCUCCAAACAUGCAUUCCCCUUCAAGCUCAUCUGACCGUGCUGGUCAUAUGCCCAUAAUGGACUGAUUUGUGGUAUUUAUGGGAAUGCCAUAUACUGAGCUUUUACAUAGACUAAUUUGAUAUCAGGAAACUGAUCAGCUGUUAAAUACUGAGUUGUUUUUUUGUUAGCUUACCUUUCUUCAGUUGGCUGUAGUUAUACAUGUUUUCCAUUGACAAUUUUUUUUAUAUUCACUUAAAAGCAUAUCUUUAUGACACACUGCAAAUGUGUAGAAAUACAAGAAACUUGUCCACAUGUCCAGGAAUACUGGGGGUUACGUCUGAUUUGAAGUAAUUUAACUGCAGCUGGUUUGAAUGAAUGAAAGGUUUUAAUUGGAGGAUUUGCUGAAAUCGAUACUUUAGUUCAAUGUAAUAAAACAUUGUUUCACUGGAAGUUGUCUGCAGGUGUUGCUUUGACUUACUUAGACGAUAAGUUGUAGAUUAUAGGAUUGUUGCCAUGCUGUUGCAGAUUUACAAAUAGCCAACAAAGAAGACUAAUGGGUGAUGCCAUUGUUGGUUUAUUAGGAACACCUAUGCUGUCUAAUGUCAUCUCAGUCUUUGCAUUAACUUUUUGAUAAUUUUCAGGGAUAUAGUUUGUAUUGCAUUGCAGUUGAUUUGUAGUGUUUUUUAAUUCUGGGAAACAAGUGGUCCAAUAUUAUUGAUAUUGGGCAAACAUUAAGUGGGUGAAUAUUAACUCGUGUUGCGGAAACACUGUUUCUGGUGAAUGGAUUAAGAAAAUUACAUCUAUUGCUAGUUAUUGGUAACACUUUACUAACA